AUGGGAGGACCAGGUCAUGAAUCUCCCAAGUCAUCUCAUACAGGAAGUCCGGAUGAAGAUGUGGAGGUUAGGGACGGCACCGAAGCUCCAGUAUCAGCGGAAGUAGAGGCAACCAUGGAUGUCACCCACAGCGAACUCGACGAGGGUAGCGGUAUAGCCUGGACCAUUAACGAGCCAGGCGCCUUUGCGGUCUCUUCAGCGGGUAGACAGUGGCCCUCGGCUGAUGAGUCAACCACUGGCACAGCGCAAGACAAUGGUCCAUUAUUUCAGAUUGAUGAUCUGGGUAACUUUACUAUGAACAAGGAUAUCACUGAGUCCGCUACAAGUGUCCCCAACAUCAACUGGCUUUCCAAUAGCCAAUGCAAUGCAAUCUGGGACACCCAACUAUCCAUAGUGCCCGAUGGGCUUGGGUCGAUGGCAUUCACAUUCUCUUCCGAGUUUGUUGAGCCAAAUCUCGAUUCAACCUGGUUACUGAAUCAACCAACUAAUAUGGCCAUUGCAAAUACCGAACGACUCGCUCUCAACCCUGUAUACAGAUCCAGCUCAGUGGCUGUACAGAGUCCUGGCGACAAAAGAAUGGACAGUUUACACGGCUCCAGCACGUCAAGAUCGACCGAUGGGGCGCUCUACGUUGAAGGUUCGGUAGCAAGAGCACCAUUCCGUGGCCAACUGCGUCAAAGUGGUGCAUCUGUAGUAGGAGCUGUCUCGCCCGAGUUGACUCACGAAGCUUCGAACUCGCCAGAAGAGAUAGAGCCACGAGAUUCCUGCUCAAAUUAUGUAUCAGACACCCUCUACUCUGAAAUGGCAAUGAACCUUCGUCGAGAGGCCGAAAUGCACGGUUUUGGUUCUGAAACUACCUUGGUCCCUUCCUUGGGACACAUCAGAUGCUUUGUGCGGCUGUACUACGAAAACUUCCAUCCUACGUUUCCUUUCUUGCGAAACAGCCUCUCAAUUUGGAAAAACCCGAGUAGUUGGAUCCUUUUACUUGCUGUCUCAAUCAUUGGUGCCAAGUAUCUCGGAGACCCCUGGCCUUCGUUUAUGUCUAGGCUACUGGAGAGGAUCCUAAGCCAUAGACUCAACUCAAACCACGAGGACGGUGACGACACUUGGGUACCGGGUGGAUUCCAACCACAAAAUCGACUGGACCUUGCCACAAUCCAAGCGGCCAUUCUUAAUUCGAUAUACAGACUCCAUAGUGGGCAAAAAGACAUGAUAGAGGGUGCCCUGAGCCAAAGACUUGUUCUUAUUGAGGAGUGCAGGAGGAUGGGCUUACUUUCACAUGUUCUGGCCAGCGUUGAUGCAGGGUUAACUCACAAUUCUGAUGCGACUAUCCCAGCAUGGGUCCAGGCUCAAUCCGAGCUGAGAACUGGUCUGAUGAUUUGGAUUCUCGACUCAAUCGUCGCCUACGAGUUUGACUGCCCUCACGUAUUACAACUACAUGAGAUCAAGACAACACUUCCCUGCCGAGAGGAUAUAUGGAACAAGCCAACAAUGGGGCAAAUAUCUACUGAGAACAGGAAUACUUAUCAGGUGACAGUACUAGAGGCUCUUAAUCUGCUGUACAUGGAGAAAAGACAGCCACCGAACUUGACAGAAUUCGGAAACAUUAUCCUCAUAUAUGCUGUGUGCCGGAGAACUAAAGAAGCUACAUAUCAACACGAAACAGAGCUGUCAAGAUGGACCCCAGUUGCUCACGUUGAACCGCAAACAGAAUCAACUUUUGUUACCGAGUCAUGGCCACCAAGCCUCCAGAUAGUCACAAGGUGGAGGAAUGGUGCAUGCGAUUCGUUCGACAUCCUACACUGGACAGCGAAUGGGAAAGCUGCCAAUGCUGGUGGCUCGGAGCAUCCAACCAUUCUACACCUUCAUCUCGCUCGUCUGUACAUAUUGACCCCGUCCAAGUAUCUACAGAAAAUUGCUGGCGCCGCAGCGUUAUCCAGAGACGCCGGCAGAGUCCACAAUAGCGUCGAAUACUCAGAAGCAUGUAACCACCUCCAUCGCUGGGCCAACAUCGACCAGUACAAAGCCAGACUAUCUAUAGUUCACGCUGGCGCUUUACUGUGGCAUAUUCGGCGAUACAGCAGCAAUGGCUUUAUUGAGCCUCAUGCUAUAUAUCUCGCUACCCUUUGUGUCUGGGCCUACAGUGUCUUUACCACACGGAAGGUAGUAUCCAAGCCUCAUCAGGCCGAAGGUACAAGAUCAUCAUUGGUCGAUGGAAGUCACGCCCGUGAAGAUUCUGUUGAUGCAGAAGCAGGGGUAGAGCAGGAUGAGGAAGAAGAACCAGAACCAACAUUCAUUCAUCUUGACCGCCCUUGCGACGAUGAGAUGGUUCAGGUCUACAUACGUCUUGGACAUAAGAUGAAUGGCUACAUGCAGAGAGUUGGGAACAUCUGCAGCCAAGAUGCUCCAGCAAAAGUCUUAAAGGAGGGAAUUAGGCUGUUAUCACAAACACGCACCAAAGAGAAGUCAUGGGGAAUCGAAAUAUCUUUCACCAAGAGCUUGACAAGUCUGCUGCAUGCCACCACUGCACCAGAAAGCGAGCGCGUGACGGGAACCAGUGUAUUCUAG